UUUGGCAUAUACACUUGAUCAUUUAAUUAAAUCGCUAGAUAUAAAUAAAAUCAGCGGGAGACAAAACAACGUAACAACAUUGUUUACCUUUGGAUUAUCAUUUACUGUUAACAGUCUGGAUCGAAGGUUAAGUGGAUCAAUCGAUGGAACUCAUAUCUCUUGUGAAAAGUAAGAAAGAAUCAAAUGCCAUCAAUCUCAUAGAAAAUGGAAUAGACACAUCUUGUGUUGAUGAGCAUAAUAAUACCGCUCUCCAUUAUGCCAGUGCAGCGGGACUUGUGAAUGUAAUAGUUAGCAUACUUGAAGAAAGUGUGAUAACUUUAGACAAUGGUGGAAAGGAUGGAAAAACAGCAGUUCAUUUUGCAGUUAUUAAUAAAAAUAUAGAAGCUUUGGUUGCACUAGUAACAUAUGGUGCCAAUAUCAAUAUUAUUGAUAAGAAUGGUCGGAGCGCUUUAGAUUUUGCACUUAUAAAUAAAGAGUCAAGUUUAAUCAGGUUAUUAUGUUAUUUCGGAACCGAGGUUUUGGUACAAGAUUGGACUUUUUUUACGGUUGAUUUGGACUCAUUUGAUAAAAAAGAACGACCAACUAUAAAGCUAGUCCUGGAUCAAAAUGACAGAUUAGCAGCAAUGGAAUUCGGGUCAAUUAUGUACAAGCUUAAGCAUAUCAAAGCUCAAGGCAAUAUUCAAUAUUAUUCAAGGCUAGGUAUUACACUGAAUACAGUUACCAUUACUGAUAGUUUUUUCCUGUAUAUUGCUAAAGAAUCCACAGAAUAUACAAAUGUUCAUUUCAUGUUAAAGCCAAAUGAACAUAUAUUUAGCGAUCUUUUUGAGGUAAUAGCAUGGGGUUCGAAACCAGAUAAAAUUGCGUUAAAUAUAAAGGUUGAAGGCAAACCCAGAUGUAAUGAACAGGUCAUGAUAUUGCCGAUAGAAGGUGAUGUUCAAGUUGAUAUCAUUAGUCAGAUUGAUGAGACGAUCACCGAUGAGAUAAUUGAGACUACAAAUGUGUCGGUAGUAGUCAAUUUGAAAACAGCUUCCAAGUUUACCAUUAUAGUAAAAGAGGUACCAGAGGUAUUUAGUGUUUCUCGUGGAUCUGCAAGCAUCCAACCAGAAAUGGAACCAGAUGCCAAAAUAGAAAUACCAGAAGGUGCAUUUGCCUCUGCUGAUAAAUUAAAAGUGAAUAUUUCCGAAACAAAAGAUUGGAACCUUGAAAACAUAGAUGAUGUUAUACCAGUAUUGUUCACAAAUGCCAUGGACAUAACAAUGGUCAAUAAAAGUCAACCAAAUAAACCUGUCAAGAUGAAAAUGCCAAUACAUUCUUCCAUUCCUAGAGACGACGAUAUUAUGAUCCUGUCUUCUCACAAAGAAUCUCCGGAUGAAAACGACUGGAAAAUUUGCGAAAUUAUGAAAAGGGAACGACAUUUCGUUAUGUUUGACGCAAGCCAUUUUUCAAUAUAUGUUGCUACAUCGAGGAGAAGCCACAGAAAAGCAAGACUGCUUGCGACUAAAGCGGUAAAGAAAGAAAGACAAGUGGAAUUUUUUGUGAUGCUCAAGAAUGACUUGAACGGGAAAUUAUCAAUGGUUGUAGAAUGUGCAUUAAAAAGUCAAGGAAAAAACAGAAGGAAAUAUUGGAAACGAAAACGAUUUAUUACACAAUCUGUUGAAUAUAAAGAUUGUAUUAUGAGAGAACAUCAGUCAUUUAGGAUUAAAUUCACUGGUAAUAUUGAAACUGACAGUCUUACAGAUCGGGAUCACAUUGUUACAUUUAAUCCAAACAAAACGAGAAACAGCGGAAAUCAUCGCACUUUUCAUUUAACUAAUGACACAAACACAUCUACAAUUCAAGGCGAGGUUAACAUUGAGUUACAGGUUGUAGUUAGACAAAACGAUGAGCAUCAAACAGCCACUGUUCCGACAGUAAAUGUGAAGUCUGGCUUUUUUGGAAAUCUUUGUCACAAUUCCAUAGAUCACUUUGAAGCCGAAACACAGGUUUCAUAUGACAAACAGUUCAAAUCAGAACUAGUCCUUCCUGUAGACAAACAAAUUUCAGAUCAUUCGUUUAAUGUAAUGGUUGACCCUGAUGAUCCUCAGUGUACCAUUCCAGUACUCAGAAAGAAAUCUCUUCGGCGAAUUGUAAGUACCUUGAGUGAAGAGAACUGCUACAAUCUUGGACAACAUUUAAAUAUUUCUACAAACAGGAUGGACAGAUUAAGAAAUGAAGGAACAAUUAGGGAAAGACUUCUUCCGACAUGGAGACCAAAUCGGCCCAACGAAAGAUUAGUUCACAAUCUUGUAGAAGCUUUAAGAGCAAUCGAUAAAGACGAAGAGGCAGAUAAUGUCGAGGAAGCGUUUUCGAGCACCAUGGAAUACUUAGAUUAAACAAUCACUUUUAAAUAAUUAUUCAGAUAUGUGUACUAUGAUGACAUACGCUAAUUAUGUUAAAUAUAAGAGGAAAACUAAGUUAGUUGGUUUGCUUCUAUUUGCUAUUAUUAUAUAUCUUUUUUCUUUUAGUCCUUUUCUCUAGCAUUCAUUUACUAUCUGAUCAUGUCAUUGAUGCGUUAUUCUCUUUUUAAUUAUAUAAUGUAUUACGUCUUU